AUGAGGCUGCUACACGGUGUAUAUUUUAUAAUAUUUGCCGUCGUUUCUGUUUGUGGUGGUAAUCCGGACGCCAAGCGACUUUAUGACGACCUGCUUAGCAACUACAACAAGCUCGUACGGCCGGUGGUUAACGUCACAGAUGCAUUGACGGUGAAAAUUAAGCUGAAGCUUUCACAGCUGAUCGACGUGAACCUCAAAAACCAGAUCAUGACGACGAACCUGUGGGUGGAGCAGACGUGGUACGACUACAAGCUGAAGUGGGAGCCGAAGGAGUACGGUGGCGUGGAGAUGCUGCACGUACCGUCCGACCACAUCUGGCGCCCGGACAUCGUGCUGUACAACAACGCCGAUGGUAACUUCGAGGUGACGCUAGCCACGAAAGCGACGCUGAAUUAUACCGGGCGUGUCGAGUGGCGCCCGCCAGCCAUCUAUAAGAGCUCCUGCGAGAUUGACGUGGAGUACUUUCCGUUCGACGAGCAGACGUGUGUUAUGAAGUUCGGUAGCUGGACGUACGAUGGAUUUCAGGUGGACCUUCGUCACAUUGACGAGAUGAACGAAACGAACGUGGUCGAGGUUGGUGUUGAUCUUUCCGAAUUCUAUACUUCGGUUGAGUGGGACAUUCUAGAGGUUCCGGCUGUAAGGAACGAAAAAUUCUACACAUGUUGCGACGAACCGUACCUAGAUAUCACCUUCAACAUUACCAUGCGCCGCAAGACGCUGUUCUACACAGUCAACCUGAUCAUCCCAUGCAUGGGCAUCAGCUUCCUCACGAUACUGGUGUUCUACUUGCCUUCCGACAGUGGUGAAAAGGUAUCGCUGAGCAUAUCCAUUCUCCUAUCGUUGACUGUGUUCUUCCUGCUGCUGGCGGAAAUUAUUCCUCCCACUUCACUCGUUGUGCCGUUGCUAGGAAAGUUCGUGCUGUUCACCAUGAUACUGGACACGUUCAGCAUAUGUGUGACGGUGAUCGUGCUGAACAUUCAUUUCCGGUCGCCACAAACACACACGAUGGCCCCAUGGGUGCGAACCAUCUUCAUCAACCACCUUCCGAAGCUGCUCGUAAUGCGCCGGCCAAUCUAUCAACCGUUGCAUCACUUCAGUGCCGCUUCCCAGCGUUUUAUGUUGCGCUCGUGCAACAGUCUCGGUGAUCAUAUUCCGCCACUUCCGCCGACGAUUGCGUUCGAUCCAUCGGUCCUGCUGGAUCACCAUUUGCUUGAUUCCAGUGAAAGUCUCAACACCUGCCGGUUGCACGGUAGCCCGACGCACCUGCACAACCACCGGUCCGGGGCGGGCCGGCAUCACCAUCACCAUCACCACAACGCGCUGGUGCGAAGUAUGGAUCUGAUGGACGACAUGCCGCUGCCUUACCACGACCACAACCACCACAACUCGCCGAUGUCGCCGAUCAACUUCAACCUGCUGAACGCGGCCAGCACGGCCGUGCCGAAUCCGCAGCAGCUCGGCAACACCGGCACCGUCACCGGCGCCGGACUGCUCGAUCCGAACAGCACCUUCCACAAGAGCCUGGCGGCGAGCGCCACCGACGGCGGCACCAAGGACGGCGUCAAUCUGCUGCUGAACAGCGGCACCAACGCGUCCGCCGCGGCCAACCUGAGCUGCUGCAACAGUCUGUUCCUGAACGAUCUGCGGCAGGCGGCUGCGGCGGCCGCCGUCGCCACCGGCACCACCACGAACGAUCUGCUCCUCGGCGACAAUGGCGUCGCCGUGCCGCUCAACAACAAUCUGCCGACCAGCGUGCUGACCAGCGGGAUGAUUAUCAACACCACCGGGCCCGGCGACGGCGGGUUGACGGGUGCGACGGGUGCGGCUGGCGGGAAGCCCGGGGACAAGUCGGGCUCGAACAACCGCAACCGCUGGCUCGAGUGCCCCGAGCUUACCAAGGCGAUGGACGGCGUCACCUACAUUGCCGACCACACGCGCAAGGAAGAGGAAAGCUCAAGGGUCAAGGAAGAUUGGAAGUAUGUCGCCAUGGUGCUAGACCGGCUGUUCCUUUGGAUUUUCACCAUCGCGGUCGUGUUCGGGACGGCCGGCAUCAUCCUGCAGGCACCAACGCUGUACGAUACGCGCGUACCGAUCGAUAUCAAAAUGUCGGAAAUUGCUACCACGACGGCGAAGCCUUAUAUCGCAAAACCGGUACUAUAAUAUGCUGCGUAGUGGAAUUAAAGGGCAGAAAGCAUUUUCCUUUCCUGCCCACGACGGAGGAUUCGUCACCUCGUGUAUGUGUGGCUAUGUGUGUGUGUGCAUGCGAGUGUGUGAGAGGGAGUGAGUGUGUUUUUUUUUUAUUUCGGGUGAAUGAAAAUACUGAAAGGAACUUC